AUGCGCUACUAUGUGUUUGCCAUCCCCCUUCCCUUCUCGAUCGAGAAGUAUAAACUCGGGCAGCUCUACAUGGUUGCCAGAUCUACCUUAGAAGAGAGCUCCAAGAAGUCUUCUGAUGGGUUUGAGAUUCUCAAAAAUGAGCCGUACACUCGCACACUCCCCUCAGGACAGGAGGAAUCCGGCAUCUAUACCUUUAAGCUGCUUCACUUGUCCAAAAUGGUACCCAAGGCCAUUGCAAAUCUGAUUCCCAAGAAGGGUCUCAAGAUGGAGGAGACCUGUUACAACGCCUUCCCCCACACGGUUACGUCCUACCAUAACCCCGGGUACCCCGAUAAGCUGGCGAUGUCGGUUGAGACCUGGGUCUAUAGUGCUCCGAAGAACGCAUCAUACGCCGAGACCUUCGACCUCCCCGAGGAGGUUCGCAAGAGUAUACCGGAGUCAUUUACUCUUGAGAAGAAAGAUAAGGAAUCGCUGAAGAAGGACAAGGAGGCCCUUAAAGAGCGCAAAGAUACAGAGGAUAUUUCGAAGCUAGAGUUUGCAGAGGCCAAGGGGGGUGUCAUCGAGCGUGUGUAUUGCGAUGUCACACAGCCUCUGAAGAUAGACAAGAAAAAGGAAGCUAAGGAGAAGAAGCUUGCUGCCAAGGAGAACAGGGAAGCACCGAAGGCUCUCAGUGAGGGCCCUCUGAAGGCAGACAUUAAGCGUAUCUCUAAGGAAAACAACGGCGACCAUUGCAUAGUCUACAAAAUCCUGAAGGUCCAUACGGCUUUUCCAGGCGAGAAGCUCAUCGAAGGCAUACUAGGGAAGAAGAUGGAGUCGGUGUUCACAGAAACACACAAGAAGUGCUGUAUCUGGUGGGAUGAGUGGAAAGGAAUGACUAUGGAUGACAUCAAAAAGAUGGAGAAUGACGCGGCCGAGGCCUUGAAGAGGACCAUUGCGGAGCGCGAGGCAGCAAACAAUGACUCCAAGGAAGAAGAGUCCACUGGAGAUGAUGAUGACGACGAAGUUGUCGAGGAUGCCGAUAAGGCCGAUGACAAGUGA